GACGUCACAGGUCAUUUCCUCUCAUGGGAACUAGUCACUACAGUUGGAGAAAUGUCGGCUAUAUCCGCGGCAGAGAAAGUGGAUGGUUUUACUCGUAAAUCUGUUCGUAAAGCCCAGCGACAGAAGCGUUCCCACGGCUCCUCGCAAUUCCGGAGUCCUACGAGUCCAAUCGAGCUGUCUCCUUUGCAGCAGUUGAAAGAUGCACCUUUGUCUGAACACCAAGAACUCUUCAUUCAGAAACUUCAACAGUGCUGUGUACUGUUUGAUUUCUAUGAUUCUGUGUCAGAUUUGAAAAGUAAAGAAGUGAAACGAGCUACAUUGAACGAAUUGAUAGAUUUUAUUUCAACAAACAGAGGAGUUCUUGUUGAUUCAUCUUAUGGUGAUGUAGUAAAAAUGAUCAGCAACAACAUAUUUAGGACGCUUCCUCCCAGUGACAACCCUGAUUUUGAUCCAGAAGAGGAUGAACCUACUCUUGAAGCAGCUUGGCCUCAUUUACAGUUGUUGGAGCUGUUCGACAGUGAAGAUCCUCGAGAACGAGACUUUUUGAAGACUAUUCUGCACCGGAUCUAUGGAAAAUUCCUUGGACUGCGCGCAUUCAUUAGAAAACAAAUAAAUAACAUUUUUUUAUGUUUCAUAUACGAAACAGACCAUUUUAAUGGCGUUGCUGAACUUCUUGAAAUUUUAGGCAGUAUUAUCAAUGGAUUUGCAUUGCCAUUGAAGGCUGAGCACAAACAGUUUCUGAUAAAAGUGCUUAUUCCAAUGCAUACUGCUAAAGGCUUGGCUAUGUUUCAUGCACAGCUAGCCUAUUGUGUGGUACAGUUCCUGGAAAAAGACUCAGCUCUCUCAGAAAUAGUCGUUAGAGGUUUAUUGAAGAUUUGGCCGAAAACAUGCAGUCAGAAGGAGGUUAUGUUUUUAGGUGAAAUAGAAGAAAUAUUGGAUGUGAUAGAGCCAUCUCAGUUUAAAAAGAUUCAUGAACCGUUGUUCCGUCAAAUAUCUAAAUGUGUAUCCAGUCCUCAUUUUCAGGUAGCAGAGAGAGCACUCUACUUCUGGAACAAUGAAUACAUUCUUAGCCUGAUUGAGGAAAACAUUAACACAGUAUUACCACUUAUGUUUGGCAGUCUAUACAGAAUCUCCAAGGAGCACUGGAACCCGACUAUUGUAGCACUGGUAUAUAAUGUUCUCAAAACUUUAAUGGAAAUGAACAGCAAACUUUUUGAUGAACUUACAGCAUCAUACAAAGUGGAAAGGCAGCGUGAAAAAAAGAAGGAACAUGAGCGUGAAGAACUUUGGAGAAAGUUGGAGGAAUUAAAGCUGAAAAAAACCAUGUCAGAGAUACAGAGUAAUGCAAACAAUAUCCAGAUUGCCCUGACCAGUAAAGCAGGUGCCAAAUAAAGUCCUCUAGACAAUGCACAACUAUUGCUGCUGGAUAGAUAUUCUUUUGUAUACAAGAUAUUUUUUUAAAUAUGUAAAAACUACAAAACAAACCUCAUCAGUAUGGUGUAAGAUUAUUAAAAAGGCCAACUAUUUUUGGGUUAUCUGUAAAUGAAAAAAAUUAAAAGAAAUGGUUUCAUACUACAGUGUGGCAGCAGUAUAUUUGUUAUCUUUUUAUGUCUGUAUCAUUAAUUUACUAUGUCAGUUUUAAGAAAGGUUUCACAAAAUAAAUUAAUUUUAUUAUAUUUGAUAUGAGUGCAGAAUUUAUGGGAGUGGUGAGAAUUAUGACUUGAACCCUUUUCCUAAUUGUGCUGCACAUAGAGAAUUGCAAUGUAAAUUAUAAUUUUUGUAUUUUAUAUGUGUGUGCAGUGCUGCAAACCUUGAGAAAGCUCAACAAGACGUUUUAGCUCUGCUGUAUUUCUUCAUAAAAAGCCACAGUAUCUUUUUGCACACAUUUAUAUUAAGUACUUAAGCUAUACUUAUAUUUUUAGCAAGUUUUUUUUUUUCAUUUCUGAAGUCUUGGACAUGUGUUCCUGCUUGGUCAGGAGGAGAAAACAAACCAAAGAGGAUAAUAGAAGAUGAGUUACAGCAGUAGGAUUUGUAUUUGCACUGAUACUUAUUUUCUUGUAUAAAAUGCAGCACAUACCAGUGGUUUGUCUUAUAACAGAUGAAAUAAAUUUAUAAGGAAAAUGAGACCAUUUGUAUAUAGUAGAAACUUUGAUAUUUUUGCUGACUGUAACUGAGAGAUGGUUUUAUGUAAAGAAGUAAAGCAAAUUAUACAAAACAGGCUUAAAGAAGUUUACCAUAAAAUCUUAUGUUUUUUCCUUAAAACAAGUUUGUCCAGUGCAUUUGAUGUUGAGUACCAUUCCAGUUUCUGUGAAUAUAUAUUUGUGUGAAAAUUGUUUUGUAAUGAAAGACCUUCUCUAGGGUUUUGAGCAGCAUUAAAUAAAGUCUACUUUGUUUAUA